AUGAAUGAAAUAAGAGGACCCGGUGAAAUGGAUUUCACCAGCCCACAAAAUCUAGCAGAGACAUGGAGACGCUGGAGACAUAGCAUGGAGUAUUACUUGAUAGCGACAUGCACCGGAAAAACCGAGCCACAGAAAGUCGCAAUUUUCAUGUGUAUGAUUGGUAAAGACGGGCAAGAAAUUAAAGACACGUUCGAAUUUGAAACUCGUAAAAAUGGACAACACGUGAUCACCACAGCAAUCCUUUUCGACAAAUUCGAAGCGCAUUGUAAACCCAAGAAGAAUCUCGUUGUUGAACGGCAUCGUUUCCUCACAAGAGAUCAAAACACCGGCGAGUCGGUAGAUCAGUAUGUAACAGAACUAAAAACUUUAGCGGCGUCGUGCGAGUGGGGAGACUUAAAAGACGAUCUUAUAUGUAGUCGAAUUGUAAGCGGCAUAUCUUCGAGAGUUGUUCGAGAACGACUUUUGAGAGAAUCAGAGUUGAAAUUGAACAAAGCUGUCGAGAUUUGCAGAGCAGAUGAGUUAUCAAGACAACAAAUGAAGUUGUUUGGCAGUGAAGCGAACCAUGUAAAUCAAGUAAAACGCGGGGGAGUGAACCGUGUUCAGAACAAAAGCAAGUCAGACAAAACACAAGAAGCAAAGAAAGCUACUGAAGGGAAACAUGAACACAAGCGUAAUGCCUGUGGUAAUUGUGGUCUAAUUCAUUCAAAGGGACAAUGUUUAGCUUAUGGUAAACAAUGUAAUAAAUGCAAAAAGAUGAACCAUUAUGCAAGAAUGUGCCGUUCAAGCAAAAGCGUAGACUUGUGUCGACAAGAGAAAAGUGACGAAUAUCUGUUUCUAGAGACGGUCAAAGUUGAAUCUGUCGAUCGGAUUUGACAGUCUGAAACUGAACAUGUAACACUGUCAUUGAACAAUCACGACAUUCGAUUAAAGCUGGAUACAGGAGCUGAGGUAAACGUGAUACCAUACUCAAUUUUCAAGCAAGUUGCGACAACUUCAAAGAUAAAGCUUAGAAAGCCGAAAGCCUGUUUGAGUGCCUAUAAUGGAGGAAAUAUCCCGGUCGAAGCUGUCUGCACGUUACAAUGUCAAUACAAAGGGACAAUUCAUAAUUUGGAAUUCUAUAUCACGAGCAUCGAGAGUGAACCAGUUCUCAGUAUUUCCGCAUGCAAGAAACUUGGUCUUAUAGAAUUUGUCACCGUCAUAGAGCAUAAAGAAGAAGGAACCGAAGCGUUUGCGAAGAGAGUCAAAACAGAAUAUCAGGAUGUUUUCUCGGGAAUCGGAUGUUUAGAGCGGCCUUAUCACAUCAAGCUGAAUUCUGCAGUGCAACCAGAUAUAGUUCCCCCAAGACGAAUUCCGUUUGGUUUGGAGGAUCGAGUCAAGUACGCGCUAGAUGAAAUGUGCAACCAGGGUAUAAUCGUGGCAGUGGAUCAACCGACCGACUAGGUAAAUGCGAUGGUCGUCGUGGAAAAGAAAAAUACUGACAAAUUGCGAAUUUGUAUAGACCCGCGGCCCCUUAAUAAAGCAAUCAAGCGAGAACAUUACCAUCUACCUACGAUAGAAGAGAUUACUACAAGACUGAGUGUAGCGAAGUAUUUCUCUACUCUUGACGCAAGAUCGGGAUUUUGGCAAAUUCCUUUGGACGAAGAGAGUUCAUAUCUUACAACUUUCGGAACACCUUUCGGAAGAUAUUGUUAUACACGUAUGCCUUUCGGCAUUCAUAGCGCCCAGGAAGUAUUCCACAAGAGGAUAGGUGAGCUUUUCCAAGAUCUUGACGGUGUUGAGACUGACAUCGAUGACAUCCUGGUCUGGGGCACUACGAUAGAAGAGCACGACGAAAGGUUGGAGAAAGUUUUGCAGAGAGCAAGACAAAGCAAUCUUAAGCUAAAUCCUGACAAGUGCCAGAUCAGACGCACCAAAGUUUUGUACAUUGGGCAUGUACUUACCGGAGAUGGAGUCAAGCCAGACGCAUCUAAGUUAAAAGCGAUCACAGAGAUGCCAGUUCCGGAAGACAAGCAUGGAAUUCAACGUUUGCUCGGAAUGGUGAACUAUGUGGCGAAGUUCGCACCACAUGUCUCGGAAGUAACGGCACCUCUACGCGAACUCCUCAAGAAAGAUGUUGCGUGGCACUGGACUGAGCGUCAUGAACAAUCAUUUCAAGGUAUCAAGCGUCUUUUAACAGAGACGAGUCCCGGAGUAUUGAAGUAUUACGAUACAAAGUUGCCAGUAAAGCUGCAAGUAGAUGCGUGCAAGUCUGGGUUGGGUGCAGUAUUGAUGCAAAACGGUUCACCAAUAGCCUAUGCUUCUCGUUCGCUAACAGAGACUGAGUCGAAGUACGCUCAAAUCGAGAAAGAAUUAUUGGCAGUUAUGUUUGGUUGCGAGCGGUUUCAUCAGUACAUCUAUGCCAAGAAAGUGUUGGUCGAGACGGAUCACAGGCCACUCAUUUCAAUCAUCUCUAAACCACUCAACAAGGCGCCAGUAAGGUUGCAGCGCAUGCUCUUACGGUUACAGCGCUAUGACAUCGACCUACGUUAUAAACCUGGGAAAGAGCUCUAUUCUGCAGAUACACUCUCAAGGGCUCACCUUCCUACUUCUGACGACGAAGAUCUUGUUCUAUGUGUGCACACGGCGAUAGCAAACCUACCAGUGAGUGACAAGAAAUUGGCAGAGUUGCAUCAGGAAACAGCUAAUGACAGCAUUACGGUCAAAUUGACAAGAAUAAUUCAAGAAGGUUGGCCCAACCACAAAAAUGGAGUGUCAAAAGACGUCAGCGAGUUUUGGGCAUAUAGAGACGAAUUGAUAGCGGUUGAUGGUCUGAUUUUCAAGGACGAAUCUAUCGUUGUUCCACGAACAUUGCGGAAAAGUAUUUUGGCACAGAUUCACGAAGGACAUCUUGGAAUGGAAAGAAGUAAGCUCCGAGCUCGGGAAUUGGUAUUCUGGCCCGGUAUGUCUAAGCAGAUCGAAGAUGUCGUGUCCAACUGUACGACGUGCCAACAGCUCAGGCUAAGCAAUCCCAAAGAGCCGAUGAUUCCCCACAAAAUCCCUCAGUAUCCUUGGCAAAUCGUUGCUAGCGAUUUGUUUGAGUGGAAUGGUAGCAGUUAUGUUCUAGUUGUUGAUUACUACAGUCGUUAUUGGGAGAUUGCAGUACUACACAGCACAACGAGUACAGCAGUUAUUAACAAGUUAAGAGAAAUCUUUGCGAGACACGGAAUACCGGAGACAGUGAAAUCGGACAAUGGUCCACAAUACAGUUCGGCUGAGUUCGAUACGUUUGCAGCGAAUUGGAAAUUCUCCCACGUGACAUCAAGUCCGAAGCAUCCACAGUCCAACGGGCUCGCAGAAAAGACCGUGCAAACCGCCAAAAGAAUGUUAGAGAAAGCCAAACGUGAUCGAAGAGAUCCAUACCUCGCUUUGUUAGAACAACGCAAUACACCCGUGGCUACCUACAAAUCACCUGCACAACUAUCCAUGGGAAGACGUCUGCGUUCACUUCUACCAUGCACAACGAAUCACUUAAUUCCUGAAACAGUUUGUUAUCGCGAAACACAAAGCAUGUUCCAGAAAAAGCAGGCUGAGCAGAAAUCCAAUUAUGACAAGUCGGCCAUGCCUUUACAACCAUUAAAGACUGGUGAAGCAGUAUGUGUCAAGCAGGAAUGUGAAUGGAGACCCGGAAAAGUGAUCGAAAUAGCAGAUACGCCUCGAAGUUACUUAGUCGAGACUCCAGAAGGGGCUGUAUAUCGCCGCAAUAGAAGACAUUUACAUAGAGACGCGUCGCAUGAUCAGUCUAUUCUACACACAGAUUCGGGAACGAACGUACAGUCGAAGCAACCCAAAAUUACGGAACAUGAACGGCAGUCAAGAAGCCCAGAACAUCAGCAAGCGAGCAAUGAUGUUGCAGAGGGUUAUCGUACACGUUCGGGAUGA